UUCCUGCUCUGAGACCAACAUUAACAAGAGUAGAAAGAGGGCAAUAAGAAGCCAAACUAAAUAUAAUAAACUGGGUGAGAAACUGAAUAAAGAAGCACUUUUAGUCUUCAGUGCAGUUUCAGUUAUUAUACUGUGGCUUUCUUAAGGAUAAGAGAAGUGAGUGGACUGAUAUCAGCUUAUCAGAAAGGGACAGAGGAGCAAAGAAACAAAAUUAAUUGAAAAGUGUAUGUGCACCAUUUUUGUGCUGCAAAUAUUUUAACACUCAGAUAUAAAUGCUUAACCUAAUAGCAGAAACAAGAAUCCAGUGACAGGUGAGAAAAACUGCACAGCUGCUACUGGUGUGGAAGUAACUAUUAUAAAGGAAUUCAGUCAGAGGAACUUAGAUCUUCAAGUGACAUACCCUCCUGCCACUCUGUGGGUUGAUCGGCUUCUCUGCCAAACAUGAUCAGGGACGAUUAUAUGGUUGAAUGCAAAAUUGAAACAGAAGAUGAGGACCCUAAGGCUGCCAAGAGUGAACUUCCAGAUUCUACACCAGUAGAGAUACCCCACAAUACAGACCCACGGGACCCCCGAGGUAUUAACCAACAUCUUAAGCUGGACUUCGCUGAUGUUCUGGCUGAGCCAUCCUCUUUUCAUAGCCUUGACAAGGUCUGGACAUGGAGUGACAUUUUGUUUGAAGCCACCAAGCUCUGGUGCUAUCGUAUCACCUCAGUCUUUUGUGCCAUUCCUGUUUCGAUUGUAACAGGUAUCCUUUUUGCCUUGGUGACCUGCUUGCAUAUCUGGUGCCUGGUCCCUUUUGUAAGGAUUUGCAUGGUGAUUGUACCUCCAAUACAAUAUUGUUGGGAAAACUUUUUGGACAACAUAAUUGCUCCCUGCAGUGACAGUAUGGGGCGCUGUGGCCACCGUGUCUACAUGACUAUCUUCAAGAAAUAGCUUUUACCAGUGCAAUAAAUGACAACAGAAACAUAGGUCCAUUGUGUACAGUGUUCUAUUGUCUGCUUUCACUGUCAAUGACAGAAGUCUCUUACUGCUAAGUUUAACCUUUUCUAGUUGCACAUGGAUGCCCUUCAAACUAGAAUAUUUAGCCAGGAGAUCCAGUGUUGUGGUCACCAGAUAUUGUAUUACCUUCUAUGACAACAGCAUUGGUUUACUAGUUCUUGGAAUACCUUACUCAUGGUUUUGCAUUUGUCUUAGUGGUAUAAGCUCAUGUCUCAGAAAAGGGUAUCAACAUUAUACAAGGUAAAAAAAAAGCUGAGAACAUAUUGGCCAUUCUGUGCCAAGGCUUGCAUAACUUCAAUAUAAUCAGGAAGAUGAUGUUAAAUGACAUUCUGACUUGCAGAUCUCUCAGCUGUCCCAGAAAUUAUGGGAUGCUCCUGAUGCUAGCUAAGAAUUUUGUUCUGUUUCUCCUAAAAUCUGUAUCUAUUUAUUUGUUUAUUUUGAGAAAAGGUGGUAGCUUACUGUCUACAAAUAGUGCCAUUCAUUAUAGUCAUGGGCUUAUUUUACUUCAGAACAUGUAUAUAAAUUAAAGUCCUCUUUUCUGUCAACUUUUGAAAUGAGAAGUACUGAUAUUUAAUAUCUGACCCUGAUUUUGGUGGGAGUUGUGUCUUCAAUUAUGAUUAUCUCUGUCCCUGACUCUGGAGAAAAGAAGUUGAUAACCAUUACCUCAUGGCAUUGCUGCAAGGAUCUCCAAGUGUAUAUUUAGAAAAUGUGUUAACUUCCAAUAUGGUUAAAUAACCGAAAUGCUUUUAGUGUCAUUACUUAUAGGAAAUGCGGAUAAACUUCAAAUAACCCACAAUCUGCUGAGCCUUAUUCCAUUAUUUGCAAGCACUCUAUCUGAUCAGGGAGGGUAGUGUCCAUGAAAUUAUCUGUUGUCUGCCUGGAGCAACUAAAGGCAUACUGACGUGGUUAUCAAUCAGGGAAGGACAUGUGGGUAAAAGGAUAAUAAAUAUGGAAAAUAAAGAUUUUAAAAAUGUCA